UCAAAGUAUACAUUAUCAUACGAUGAAAAUCAUGCUUCCUCAGUAGCAAUACUUCUCUGCCACGAAAAGCAUCAAGCAAACAAGACUUUUUUUCGACAGAACAGUUAUUAAAUUUUACAAAACACCAUGAAGCUCAAGACAUUUUUUUAUUGUUUUGUGCUAUUCUUUUGUCAAUCGGUAAAAUUAAUGGAUAUCAGAUACGAAUAUCGCAGCGAGGAUCAUAUGGAAAAUUAUAGUGAGUCCAAUUAUUUAAAAUGCACAUAUCUGUUCAGUGGGUUGAAAUACAUGCUGCUAACUCAGAUUUUAAUUAGCCCUCCAUAUAAUACGACAACAACAUUGAUGGUCAGUGGCGUAAGUUAUUAUAAAAAUACAGUUGAAUACCAAAUAGCUUCUUUGCAUAGUUUAAGAAUACAGAAUAUGGGAUCCCUGUGGCUUGUACUUUUGUACACGGGUUUAGUAACUGAUUUCGCUAAACGUUCAACCGAUAUUCCGGCAGACUAUCAAAAACUUAAAGCAACACACAAGUAUGUCAUCAUUAAACUACUUAAAGACCUACGCGGAUGCCAUAAAGAUAUUUCUUAUGAUAUUUUCUAUGCUAUGAUUCACACAAAACCUUAUCCGCCAAAAAAUGUGCUGGAAUCUAUGGUGCACACAAAUUAUAAUGAGGCCAUGGAACUGCUGACAAGAAACAAUAUAUUAGCGGAUUCAUCUAAUAAAGACUUUGUAAAGAGGUUAAAAAUGAUAAAUAUUUUUUUUCGAAAAGCUGAUUUAAUACAUAUAAGCAAAGCACAGGUGAGCUGGCCAAACAUAACCAUAGUACGAUUUAACACCUCUUAUAGUGACGCACAUAAACUGGAUUGGUCUACUGAUAAUAACCUUCAAAAUAUAAAGUCACACUAUACGCUUAGCUAUUCAUUUCUAAAAGCCAUCAUGUUUAAUUUGUCGUUCAAACACCUAAAAUAUCUACAACACCAUUCAAAAUUUUCGAAUAACAACGAGUUUACUCAAUGGUAUAACGAGGUCAAGAGAUUUGGUCAAUUUUUAAGCUUAACCAAUGAUGAACACGUAAAGAAAUUGCUGUUUGCCAUUAACAAUCUCUCUAAUGGAACAGAGAAAAUAGAUAGUGUGGUUGAGUAUGUAUACUCUGUACUAGUAUCGCUUUGUCAGUCUCUCGGGUGUGAGGCUGACAAAACAUUCAAUAUAGUCAGUAAAGAAUCUGAGGCGUCUGGCGCAAGUUCAUCGAAUGCUGAUACAAAAAGUUCGGAAAAUACAAUUACCCGUGUGCCGGUUGAGUAUAACAGUUUAGAAAAGGCUAGGGUGUGGUUUCAUAAACUCUGCCAAGCGUUCAAAAAUGUCAAUUUUAAGCUCAUUCAAUUAUUGAUUGAAUAUAUUGAUGAAAUAAAACUGAUAGCUUCUUUGUAUAGUUUAAAAUUAAAGAAUAUGGGAUCACUAUGGCUACUACUUUUGUACACGAAUUUAGUAACUGGUUUCGCUGAUCGUUCAAAGGAUAUACCGUCAGACUAUCAGAAACUUGAAGCCACGCACAGAGGAAAGGUGAGCUGGCCAGACAUAGCCAUUAAACGAUUGGACAAAUAUUAUUUUGACGCGCAUACACUGGAUUGGUCUACUGAUAACCUUCAAAAUAUAAAGUCACACUAUACGCUGAGCUAUUCAGUACUAAAAGUCAUCAUGUUCAAGCUGACGUUAAAUCACCUGAAAUAUUCACACUAUUCAGAAGGAUCUAUGAAUGAAUGGUACAACGAGGUCAAACAAUUUAGUGAAUUUUUAAGCUUAACCAACGACCCACACGUAAUGAAGUUGCUAUCUGCUAUCAAUAAUCUCUCUAAUGGAACAGAGAAAAUAGAUAGUGUGGUUAGCGAUGUAUACUCAAUACUAGAAUCGCUUUGUCUGCCUCUCGGGUGUGAGGCUGGCGAACUAUUCAAAAUACACAGUAAAGAAUCUGAGACGUCUGAAGCAAGUUCGUCGAAUGCUGAUACAAUAAGUUUGGCAAAUACAAUUACCCAUGUGCCGGUUGAGUAUAACAGUUUGGAAAACGCUAAGAAGUUUUUUGUUCAACUCAGUCGGACGUUCAGUUAUGUCGAUUUUAACCUCAUUCAAUUACUCAUAAAAUACAUUGAUGAAAUAAAACUGGACAAUGAUAUGGAGGAGUAA